AUGCCACCUGCCGUUCUCCCUGCAGGCGAAGGCAGAGGAGGAGGAGGAGGAAGAAGGACGGAUCCAGCUGCGGCGGCCGGCAUUCCCUUAGGGGCCGGCCCCAGCACACCCAUCUCAGUGAGGUACCUUUCCAGAGAGGCGGAGGAGGAGGAAGAGGAGAAGAAGGCGCCAGCCCUUUGCCUUGGCUGUUCAGGGGGAGAGAUGAUGGCCUGGCAGGCGACACAGGGCGGCCGGAGGGAAGGGCGAAGGGCCCCCCUGGAAGCCUUGGCCGAGGUCACCAGCUUUGCUCAGCCGCUCCCGGAUGGGGCCCGGAAGCUGUUGGAGGCGAAGGAGCCCCCGGGCAGCCUGGCAACCGUCCCAGAAAGCCAAGAGGAGGUGGGAAGCGGAGACCCUCAGGCCGGGGCCCCCCCAGGCGAGGACGGCGGCUUGACCGGAGGGACCACCGGGGUCCCGCCUCCCCUUCCAGUGGCCCCGGAGGCCAGCUCGCCUCCCGGCCUCGGCCACGAUGCUGUGGCGACAGACCUUCUCCUCCACCCCUUGCGGGGUGAAGGGCAGGCGUCUCCCACGGAGGGGACCGGCCCUCCCCAGCGGCCCAGGGAGCCCCCAGACCAGGACUCCGCUCAGAAAGAGGAGCCGCUGGAGAUCUGGGUGGACGCCUCCAGCCGCUCGCCGACACCCCAGUCGGCCGUCACGCCGCCGGUGCAGGCGGCUCAGCCCCCCAAGCCGUCCUCCGACCCCCUGGCCUCCGAAAUCAUCGACAUAGAUUACUACGACCUGUUCGACGGGGAGGGCCUGGGCGAGGGGGCGGGCUCCGAUGGCGCCAAGGGGAAACCGUCGGAGGAUAAAGGCAUGUCGUGGUCCCUCCACGACCUUUACGAUGACUUUACGCCCUUCGAUGAGUCGGAUUUCUAUCCCACCACCUCGUUCUACACCGACGGUGACGAAGAGGACCUGGAGGAGCCCGAGGAGGAAGAGGAGGAGGAGGAAGAUGGGGGAGGAGGGCUGGCGAGGGAUCUGGAGGACGAGAACACCUACCGGAUCCCCACUCCGGUGACGCCCAAAAUCCAGACCGAGGAGGUCCAGGAGGCCAAACCCACCAGCCGCCACCACCUUAUCCCUCCGUUGCAGACUUUCGUCAUCUCUGGCGGGAUCGGCGUGGCCACCCCCAGGCCCCGUCCGGCGGACGCAGGAAGGGACUUGAGCCUGUCCGGGAGCAGCAGCGAGAACGGCACAGAAUGCCGUAGCGGCUACAUCCGUCACAACACCUCCUGCAAGUCCGUCUGCGACACUUUCCCCAGCUACUGCCACAACGGGGGCCAGUGCUACCUGGUGGAGAAUCUGGGGGCCUUCUGCAGGUGCAACACGCAGGAUUACAUCUGGCACAAAGGGAUCCGCUGCGAGUCGAUCAUCACCGACUUCCAGGUGAUGUGCGUGGCCGUGGGCUCGGCCGCCCUGGUGGUUCUCCUCCUCUUCAUGAUGACCGUCUUCUUCGCCAAGAAGCUCUACUUGCUCAAAACUGAGAACAACAAGCUGCGCAAGACCAAAUACCGCACUCCGUCCGAACUCCACAACGACAACUUCUCGCUGUCCACAAUAGCCGAGGGCUCCCACCCACAUGAUGACCCCAGUGCCCCUCACAAGCUUCAAGACCCCUUGAAAUCCUGCCUCAAGGAAGAAGAGUCCUUCAACAUCCAGAACUCCAUGUCACCCAAGCUGGAGAACAAUAAAGGGGACCCGGACGCUGCCGACAUGAACUGCCUGCAGAACAACCUGACAUGAAGCCGGAGAGGAGCUGGGAAGGCAAUCGGGAGGAGAAGGAAAAACUGCGAGAGCCAUUUCCUCUUGUACAGAUCUCAUUCCUCGUAAUCGUUCCGUUUUUCUCCCUGCAAACUUCAUAGCAUGCUUCGAUGUAUUUUCUACAGGGAGGGAAGACAAACCAAUAAUAAUAAGGAUCAUCAUAAGGAUAAUAAUAAUAAUAAUUCACAAGAAGAUUAAGUCCUCAAGUGUCCCUCCAUGAAUCUGUGUGCAUUGGGUUGUUUGGUAUGAUGUCCUUGUCUGUAUAUUGCCUGGAUUAGCUUGCCCCACAUCUCCCUCCCUUCUUCACCCCCCCACCCCCAACCCAUGGUCCACUUUCUGUGAUUUCUAAACCUUUGCUGUAACUCGACUGACUUUUUUUUUUGUACUCUGCCCAGCCUUUUUUGAGAAACGAGUUUAAAAAUGUGGAAAAAAAAUUUCAAGAUCUUGAAAUAAUAACAAUAA